AUGAUCUCGUCUCGUCUUCUGACUGGGGCUCUCGCCCUACUAGCCGCCAGCGUCGUCAACGCUGGAGUGUGCUACCCGCCCUCCAUCCGCACGCUUUCGACUACCGUUGCAACCAGCUCGUCCAGCAUUGAGACUACCUCCACUAGCGAGAGCGCUAGCACGACCGAGACUGGGGCAUCGAGUGAUACCACAAGCGCUGAGCCUAGCACGACAGAUCUCGUAAUCACCACCACCUCCAAUGCUGAGGCUACCAGCGACACCACCACAUCGGCUGCUACCACCACCACCUCCGCCCCAGUCGACAACACAACAGCCGGCAGCUGCACCGACGCGAACGACUGUCUCCUCUCUACAGACCCUCUUUGUGUCCUCGGCCUGUGUGAAUGCGUCAACGACGUUUGCGUUCCUCAGGACAUCGAGAGCUGCUCGGUUGACGCCGACUGCUCUUCGGGCCAAAUCUGUGAGAACGGAGUUUCGGAGUUGAGUCUCGAGCUAAGCAUCUGGCAACUCCAAGAUUCUGACAAGCUUGGCUAUCACGCGCUCUCGUAUACCUGGGGGCCACCCGAAGGGGACGGUAGUUACAGCUCUUCCGACAUGCGCCCAAUCCUACUCAACGGCAGGAAAUUUCAGGUCUACCCCAACUUGCACGAUGCUCUCGUCCAGCUUCAAGAUUCUCUCGUCGCCGGGUAUCACUGGAUUGAUGCCAUUUGCAUCAACUAG